AUGAGCAGCCGCCCCAGCGAUCGUCCAAGUGACCGUCCUGAUCAUCCUCCCGUCUGGGUUCGUGGUGGACCUCCUUAUUACUACAUUCCCACAAGACCAAGCAUAUCCACAUCCCCCAGUGAAACUCUGAGACGGGCCUCCACAACAUCCACUCUCUCCAGCUCUCAUGAGAGCACGGGGGAAACCAUUUCUCCACCUCCGAGUCCUGAAGCCUCUCCCGUGCAGCCCUCCGGACUCAGACCUCCCUUCCCCUUUCCGUCCUUUGGCAGCAGCCCACUCACACAUCAAACAUCUCCACCCCUGCGACCGCCAUAUAUGGCUCAGCAACCGCCUCACAUUUCGGUCUCGGGCUCGGGCUCCAAAACCGAAGACGAAGGUUCACUACGCCCCAAUGCAUUCCGCAGACGCAACUCUGUCAGCGGGACAAAUCUCUUCUCCAACCUCGCGUCGCAGAAGCGGAAUACGGCAGACACUAGCUUUGCGUUACGCAGGGCGCAGUGGCAUGAGCAGAAUGUUGGCGCGGGGCCGGAGAAGAGGCGGUUCUUCUCGAGUUGGUGGGAUAAUUAUGUGAGAGGUAUCGAGCCAAAUAAAAAGUGA